AUGGUGACGGGGAAUCGGGCCUCCACGUUACUUCGGGACAAAGAGCUCAAGGAGAUGAAGAAAGAGACUAGCUUUUCCCACAGUAAGAUCACGUGCCUGUACAGCUGGUUCACCAGCCUGGACAAAGGAGAGAAUAGGACUCUCAGCCGGGAAGAUUUCCAGAGGAUUCCAGAACUUGCCAUUAACCCACUGGGGGACCGGAACAUCAAUGCUUUCUUUUCCAAGGGAGAGGACCAGGUAAACUUCCUAGGAUUCAUGAGAACUUUGGCUCAUUUCCGACCCAUUGAGGAUAAUGAAAAGAGCAAAGAUGUGAAUGGACCUGAACCACUCAACAGCCGAAGCAACAAAUUGCACUUUACUUUCAGACUGUAUGAUUUGGUUAAAGAUGACAAGAUCUCCCGUGAUGAGCUGUUACAGGUGCUACGAAUGAUGGUUGGAGUGAAUAUCUCAGACAAGCAGCUGGGCAGCAUUGCGGACAGGACCAUCCAGGAGGCUGAUCAGGAUGGGGACAGUGCCAUAUCCUUUACAGAAUUUGUUAAGGUUUUGGAGAAGGUGGAUGGAGAACAGAAAAAGAGCAUCGGGUUUCUUCACUAAAGGACAGGGACCAAAUUAUUCUUGCUUUCUAGUAUUUAAGAACUGG